UAAAUAGAGAAACUCAUUUGCUUUUAUUCACUUGAAGCAGACAGUUGCCCCGAACUUUUCAUCCGACAUUAAUGCCUUAUUCUGUCACUUGGUAGGUUUCUUGUCUUGGCACGUUUCUAAAAAGGAUGGCAGCCAUUCCAAAACUACUCUUGAUUCUCUGGUUCUUUCCCGGAGUUCAAGCUGGAACUAUCCCAGGGAAGUCAUCUCAACUGCUUCACCAUAAGAUGACCAAAACAGAAUUAGAAAACUUUUUUGGAAGUGAUGAUCUCUCACAAGUUCCUGACUACGAUAUCACUGAGCUGUAUCCAUCUCCAGAGGAAAAUAAAGGUGACCGCGAAACAAGAAGUAUCCGAAAAGAUGAUCAGUCAAAAGAAAAGUUCUAUAAGAUGAAGAUUUUCGACGAAGAGCUUCCUCUGAAACUCUCGUUAAACGAUAAGCUCGUGUCACCUUACAUGAUGGUAGAAGUUCAGCGAGGUGAUGGGACUACCGACUAUCAUCCAGCCCCUGAAAAUAAUUUUUAUCUCGGAAAGGUGACAUCUGACCCCGAAUCUAUGGUCGCUGUACGCGACGCGGAAGGAAUGCAUGGAGUGAUCCGGCGUUCUGCUGAAACAUUGUACGUCCAUCCGCUGCCGACUCAUCUAGCAGAACACGUCGGACACAGGCAGUUACAAAAGCCGCAUAUUGUCGUCAAGAGGUCCAUGAAGAGCUUUUCAGAUCAAAGGAAUCCAUCCAAGAGGGAAGCGCGCUCAGCUGGAACAUCAAAUAAAUACUUGGAGGUUGCCCUUUUAACAGAUGAUUUCACAGCUGCGAAAUAUGGCGAGUCCAAAAUAUCAACAUUUAUGCUCACCUUAGGGAACAUUGUUGCAGGAAUGUUCCAAGAUGUCAGUAUUGGUGAAACAAAAGUUACUUACGUUAUCAAACGUGUUGCAGUUUUGAAUUCAACUAAACUUGGGUUAAAAAAUCUGAAUAAAGACUCUCUACUUAAGAUAAUCAACGAAUGGACAAAAAAUAACCAUCACCUGGGACAUGCUGAUGUCUCUUCAUAUGUUUCCAUAUUACUUGGAAAUACUGGGAGGGCAGGCCUUGAUACAAUGUGCAAAAGACCACAUGGUGCCACCAACAUUAACGGUGACGUCGGGUUGCAAACUGCUGGAAUGAUCGCUCACGAAACUGGUCACAAUAUGGGUCUUAAGCACGAUGGUGACAACCAGUGCCAGGGGGGUAGGUACAUUAUGUCUAGCUACCUCCCCAGUGGUAUGGAUGCCAUGAGAUGGUCGACCUGUAGUCAAGAAAAAAUUCAAACAUUUCUCAGUAGUAUCCGUUCGACGUGCUUGGAUAACGAGCCACCCGCUUCGGACGUUCUCUCCACUCCUUCUCCUGACGUGGUUUUAUCUCGACUGCCUGGCGAGAUUGUAGACGGCCACACGCAAUGUAAACAUCAAUUUGGGAAGUCAUAUUGGCGCUGGACCGAAGAGCUGAGUAAUUGUGCCGUUUUGUACUGUACACCUGAUGGGUAUUCCCGCGAGAGUAUCAAUACUCCUGUUGCAGAUGGAACAGCAUGCGGGCCAAGGGAUUGGUGCAUUAAGGGGAAAUGCCAAGAUAAUGGACGUCCACGUGUUGAUGGAGGCUGGAGCAAGUGGUCAGGCUACACCCCAUGUACUCUCACCUGUGGGGGUGGGGUACAGUACAGAAAAAGAACGUGCACUAAUCCAGCACCUAAGUAUGGAGGCAAAAGCUGUCAAGGAUCAAAUAUAGGUCACUGGCGGACCUGCAACUUUAUGCAAUGCGUCAACGCGACAUCCACGUACAGGCAAAUGCAGUGUAUGGCAUUUGAUGCAAGUUUUGUUCCCUUUUACAAAAAAUCAGAUCCCUGUGGACUAUACUGCCGGGUUGGAAAUUUACUGCAUGAGAAAGGACGUGUUAAAGAUGGAACUCGAGUAACGAAGACGAUGGAGGACCUAGAUGUUUGCAUAAAAGGGAAACCUGAGGUUGUGGGCUGCGAUCAUUUGUUGCAUUCGAGAAAAAUAGCGGAUCGUUGUGGUGUAUGCGACGGAAAGGCCGACUCUUGUACUUACGAGAUCAGCAGCUUUACAGGAAAGAUCGCGAAUACCCGCGAGUCAGCUUUGAUAACAGAACUGCCUCCUGGAACAUCUUACGCCUAUUUCGAAAAAAGAGCUAGGAAAACAUACAACGUAAUAGGUAUUCAGGAUGUGUAUGGAAAAUACCUCAUCAAUGUCCCUUAUGUCUAUUCUAAAACUAUUACAUACGCUGGAGCUAAGAUUAUCUACAAGCACCAGAGCACGAAAUAUAAAGAUGUACUUGAGAUACGUGGACCAACCAAUGAAGCACUCAGAGUCGUGUUUCUACGGGUAUAUGAAGAGACUCAAGGUGUAGACUAUGCGAUAAAAAGGCCCCUCCUACCUGGUGAAUCUUUGAAUCUUUCCUACAAAUGGAUGAAUAUGACGGAUUGGUCUGACUGUUCCAAAGAUUGUGCAGGAGGUGUUCAAGAGCGAGACGUCCGUUGUGUUUUAACAAGCGACAGAACUGUCGUAUCUGAUGAAGCCUGCGACUUAUUAACCAAACCACCAAGCUCUCGGGAAUGCCACAUGCAAGUCUGUGCACCCAUUUCCAGGUGGUACGUUACAAACUGGUCGCCUUGUUCUAAGACUUGCGGCCGUGGAAGUCGGACACGAAAUGUCAUUUGCAGACAAGAAGUUUCCUCUACGGAGACCAUAGACGUACCAGAGUCUCAGUGUUCAGCAGAAACUAAGCCGAGUCUUGCUUCAGUUAGCGAAGUCUGUAAUGAAAUACUUUGUCCUGCUGAGUGGAUUGUUAACUCGAGCUGGUCCAUGUGUUCGACCUCGUGUGGUGCCGGCAUCAUGACACGUCAAGUGGUCUGUCAACAAACUGCUGAGAACGGUAUAACAUCAACUGUAUCGGAAUUGGCAUGUGCUUACGUCCGCAAUAAACCAGUCACUGAAAUAUUGUGCAGCGUAAACAUACCAUGCCAUGUUAACGCGAAUAUUGAAGGUAUGAUCUGUAGUCCAGAUCCUUGCCAGAAUGGUGGAACUUGUAAUGGUAACUCGGUGGAUAGCCCAUGUUUAUGCCUAACCGGUUUUACUGGUUCCUUUUGCGAAGUGAAGCUCAACCCGUGUGACAGUAGCCCCUGCGCAAAAGAAGAAAUUUGUACUCCUGAAAUAAAUUCACCUCUUGGAUACACUUGUCAAGAGCGCGUUUAUCCUUGUGACAGCAGUCCAUGUUACAAUGAUGGGACAUGUGUAAACGACCUUCAAAAUGUUUCAAAGUACCACUGUCAGUGCCGUCCCUGGUUGACUGGGAGUAAUUGUGAAGUUUUGACGAGUGCGUGUGAAAGUAAUCCGUGCGUCAACAAUGGUUAUUGCAGUAGUGAUUUAGCUGUUGAUCCAUCUCAGUACAAAUGCGCUUGCAGUGCUUGGUUCACUGGCAAAAAUUGUGAAGUUCAAAUCUUUCCAUGCGACAGCAAACCGUGUCUUAAUGGCGGAACAUGCAGUAAUGAUCCUCACAUUAUAUCAAAGUAUCACUGCCAAUGUCCAAACUGGUUCAUAGGUGACAGAUGUCAAGUUGCACAAACCAUAUGUGAUGUUGACAAUCCAUGCGUUAACGGCGGAACUUGUAACAGCACUUCCGAUAACCCCGCACAAUACUCGUGUGAAUGUGGCGAUUGGUUCACUGGAAAAGACUGUGAAGUUCGAAUCUUUCCAUGUGACAGUAAGCCUUGUGUUAAUGGAGGGACUUGCACAAAUGAUGACGUAGAUGUUUCAUUAUAUCACUGCCACUGCACAGGCGGAUACAGCGGCAAAAACUGCCAAGUUCCUUCUUUCACGAGAAUCGCCUGCUUCAAUAUUGGAAGCAAUCUUCUACCCGAUGUGCUCGGUGACUUUAAAAAUCUAGUCAAACAGGGUAGGUCUAAAGAAUCAAUCAGCGCAUGCGCUGAGUUGGCCUUUGGUAGAAGCUACAAGUUCUUUGCACUAGGAUUUAAUGGCAUAUGUCGGUCAGGGCCGAAUGCACGGCAACAGUACCACAUCAAAGGCUCGACCAAAGAAAUUAACUGUCCGAAUGGCAUCGGCAUCGACAAACGUAUCGCUGUCUUCACUUUUGAAUUGCUUCCAGAACGGAAUCCUCUGGGUUGCUUUAAAGAGAGAAAAAAUGACCGAGUACUUAAGAUCAAGUUCGGGAGUUUUGAGAGCUCGUACAACGCGUCAGAUCCAAAAGCGACAGUAGUCAAAUGUGCGCACCUCGCGCGCGACAUGGACUACGAAUACUUUGCCGUUCAGGACUUUGGUGACUGUUGGACAGAUACAAAAAUAGUUGACAGCUAUGACAAGUAUGGGAAGGCCCUUCCAGAAAAGUGUGCGGGAGGGGUGGGUGCAUCCUACACUAACUUCAUGUAUCGACUGAGGCCUGCAUUCACUGGUCCAAACGUGUGCGACACUUCGCCGUGCAAGAACGGAGGAACAUGUGUGGUGCAUUUCAACGAUCCUGAUAGAUACUACUGUGAGUGCGGCGACUGGUUCACUGGAGAUAAUUGUGGUGUUCAAAUUUACCCAUGUGACGGCAGUCCCUGCCAAAAUGGCGCCACUUGCAGUAAUGAUGCUAACGACAUUUCCAAGUACAAGUGUCAGUGCCGAGACUGGUUUACUGGAGUAGACUGUGAAGUUGCUCAAACAAUCUGUGAUACUGAUAGCCCCUGUUUGAAUGGUGGACAUUGUUCAAGUAAUACAAGCAGCCCGACACACUACACUUGUGACUGUGGAGAUUGGUUUCAAAGCAAAAAUUGUGAAGUUCAAAUCUACCCUUGCGACAGUAAGCCUUGUGUUAACGGAGCCACCUGCAAUAAUGAUGACCAAGAUGUUUCAUUAUAUCACUGCCACUGCACUGGCGACUACAGUGGUAAAAAUUGUCAAGUGCCUUCUUUCAGCAAAAUCGCUUGUUUUGACACAUCAAGCAAAUUACUGCCCGAUGUACUCGGAGAUUUCAGGGACCUUGUCAAAGAUAAUAUAUUUCAACAGGCUAUCAGUGCAUGUGCUGAAUUGGCGUUUGAUAAAAGCUACAAGUUCUUCGCAUUAGGAUAUCAUGGUAUAUGUCGGUCAGGGCCGAAUGCACGGCAACAGUAUCACAGCAAAAGCUCCGUUAGCGAUAAGAACUGUCCGAAUGGCAUCGGCAUCGACAAACGUAUUGAGGUCUACACUUUUGAAUUGCUUCCAAAACGGAAUCCUCUGGGUUGCUUUAGAGAGAGAAAAAAUGACCGACUACUUAAGAUCAAGUUCGGGAGUUUUGAGAGCUCGUACAACGCAUCAGAUCCACACGCGACAGUAGUCAAAUGCGCGCACCUGGCGCGCGACAAGGACUACGAAUAUUUUGCCGUUCAAGACUUUGCUGACUGCUGGACAGAUACGAAAAUAGUUGACAACUAUAACAGAUUAGGGAAGGCUCUUCCAGAAAAGUGUGUGGGAGGAGUGGGUGCAUCCCACACUAACUUCGUAUAUCGACUGAGGCCUGCAUUUACUGGUCCAAACGUGUGCGACACUUCACCGUGCAAGAAUGGAGGAACAUGUGUGGUGCAUUUCAACGACCCCGAUAGAUACUACUGUGAGUGCGGCGACUGGUUUAUUGGAGAAAACUGUGAUGUUCAAAUCUACCCAUGUGACAGCAAUCCCUGCCAAAAUGGCGCAACUUGCAAUAAUGAUGCUAACGACAUUUCCAGAUACAAGUGUCAGUGCCGAGACUGGUUUACUGGAGUAAACUGUGAAGUUGCACAAACAAUCUGUGAUACUGAUAAGCCAUGUUUGAAUGGUGGAUAUUGUUCAAGUAAUACAAGCAGCCCGACACACUACACUUGUGACUGUGGAGAUUGGUUUAGCGGCACAAAUUGUGAAGUUCAACACUACCCUUGUGAUAGUAAGCCUUGUGUUAAUGGAGCCACCUGUAGUAAUGAUAAAGAAGAUGUUUCAUUAUAUCACUGCCAUUGCACUGACGACUACAGUGGUAAAAACUGUCAAGUGCCCUCUUUCAACACAAUCGCUUGUUUUGAAACAUCAAGCAGUUUACUACCCGAUGUACUCGGUAAUUUUAAGGACUCCGUCAAAGAAAAUAAAAUUCAACAGGCUAUCAGUGCAUGCGCCGAGUUGGCCUUUGAUAAGAGCUACAAGUUCUUCGCUCUUGGAUAUCAUGGUAUAUGUCGGUCAGGGCCGAAUGCACGACAGCAGUAUCACAGCAAACGCUCCCUUAGUGAUAAGAACUGUCCGAAUGGCAUCGGUAUCGACAAACGUAUUGAGGUCUACACUUUUGAACUUCUUCCAGCUGUUAAUCCUCUGGGGUGUUUUCUGGAGAAAAAAAAUAACCGACUACUUAACAAGAAGUUCGAGAGUUUCACAAGCUCCUACAACGCGUCAGAUCCACACGCGACGGUAGUCAAAUGUGCGCACCUCGCGCGCGACAUGGACUACGAAUACUUUGCCGUUCAGAACCUUGGUGAGUGUUGGACAGAUACAAAAAUAGUUGACAGCUAUGACAAGUAUGGGAAGGCCCUUCCAGGAAAGUGUGUUGGAGGGGUGGGUGCAUCCUACACUAACUUCAUGUAUCGACUGAGACCUGCAUUUACUGGUCCAAACGUGUGCGACACUUCACCGUGCAAGAACGGAGGAACAUGUGUGGUGCAUUUUAACGAUCCUGAUAGAUACUACUGUGAGUGCGGCGACUGGUUCAUUGGAGAUAACUGUGAAGUUCAAAUCUACCCAUGUGACAGCAAUCCCUGCCAAAAUGGCGCCACUUGCAAAAAUGACGCUGACGAUAUAUCCAAAUACAAGUGUGAAUGCCGAGACUGGUUCACUGGGAUAAAUUGUGAAGUUGCCCAAACAAUCUGCGAUACUGAUAACCCAUGUUUGAAUGGUGGACAUUGUUCAAGUAAUACAAGCAGCCCGACACACUACACAUGUGAUUGUGGAGAUUGGUUUAAAGGCACAAAUUGUGAAGUUCAAAUCUACCCUUGUGACAGUAAGCCGUGUAUUAAUGGAGCCACCUGUAGUAAUGAUGACCAAGAUGUUUCAUUAUAUCACUGCCACUGCACUGAAGGCUACAUUGGUAAAAACUGUCAAGUGCCUUCUUUCAGUAAAAUCGCUUGUUUUGAAACAUCAAGCAAAUUACUACCCGAUGUACUCGGUGAUUUCAGGAAUCUUGUCAAAGACAAUAAGAUUCAACAGACUAUCAGUGCAUGCGCCGAGUUGGCCUUUGAUAAGAGCUACAAGUUCUUCGCUCUUGGAUAUCAUGGUAUAUGUCGGUCGGGACCGAAUGCACGGCAACAGUAUUACAGCAAACGCUCCGUUAGUGAUGAGAACUGUCCGAAUGGCAUCGGUAUCGACAAACGUAUUGAGGUCUACACUUUUGAAAUUCUUCCCAAUGUGAAUCCCCUGGGAUGUUUUAUAGAGAAAAAAAAUAACCGAGUACUUAAGAUCAAGUUCGGGAGUUUUGCGAGCUCGUACAACGCGUCAAAUCCACACGCGACAGUAGUCAAAUGUGCGCACCUCGCGCGCGACAAGGACUACGAAUACUUUGCCGUUCAGGACUUUGGUGACUGUUGGACAGAUACAAAAAUAGUUGACAGCUAUGACAAGUAUGGGAAGGCCCUUCCAGGAAAGUGUGUGGGAGGGGUGGGUGCAUCCUAUACCAACUUUGUGUAUCGACUGAGGCCUGCAUCCUCUGACCAAAACGUGUGCGACACUUCACCGUGCAAGAACGGAGGAACAUGUGUGGUGCAUUUCAACGAUCCUGACAGAUACUACUGUGAGUGCGGCGACUGGUUCACUGGAGAUAAUUGUGAUGUUCAAAUCUACCCAUGUGACAGCAAUCCCUGCCAAAAUGGCGCCACUUGUAAUAAUGAUGCUAACGGCAUUUCCAAAUACAAGUGUCAGUGUAAAGACUGGUUUACUGGGAUAAACUGUGAAGUUGCUCAAACAAUCUGCGAUACUGAUAAGCCAUGUUUGAACGGUGGAUAUUGUUCAAGUAGUACUAGCAGCCCGACACACUACACUUGUGACUGUGGAAAUUGGUUUAAAGGCAUAAAUUGUGAAGUUCAAAUCUACCCUUGUGACAGUAAGCCUUGUAUUAACGGAGCCUCCUGUAGUAAUGAUGACCAAGAUGUUUCAUUAUAUCACUGCCACUGCAAUGACGACUACAGUGGUAAAAACUGUCAAGUGCCUUCUUUCAGUAAAAUCGCCUGUUUUGAAACAUCAAGCAAAUUACUACCCGAUGUACUCGGAGAUUUCAGGGACCUCGUCAAAGACAAUAAAUUUCAACAGGCUAUCAGCACAUGUGCUGAGUUGGCGUAUGAUAAAAGCUACAAGUUCUUCGCUCUUGGAUAUCAUGGUAUAUGUCGGUCAGGGCCGAUUGCACGGCAACAGUAUCACAGCAAAUGCUCCGUUAGUGAUAAGAACUGUCCGAAUGGCAUCGGUAUCGACAAACGUAUUGAAGUCUACACUUUUGAACUCCUUCCGAAACUGAAUACCUUGGGAUGUUUUGUGGAAAAGAAACGAAAAUUGCGACUACUCAACAUCAAGUUCGGGAGUUUUGCGAGCUCGUACAGCCCGUCAGAUCCACACGCGACGGUAGUCAAAUGCGCGCACCUCGCGCGCGACAUGGACUACGAAUACUUCGCCGUUCAGAACCUUGGUGACUGCUGGACGGAUAAAGAAAUAGUUGACAACUAUGACAAGCAUGGGAAGGCCCUUCCACAAAACUGCGUGGGAGGGGUGGGCGCAUCGUACACCAACUUCGUAUAUCGAAGAAGGCCGGAGUCUUCAGUGCAGUAAAGAAGUAAACUUACGAUGACAAAGUAUACGAUAGCUCUGAUAUCAAUUGAUAGAACACUAUUGACCUUCAUUACAUUGAGAAUUAGUUUAAACGGACGGAAAACGUAUAAACUUGUAUUAAGGGAAAUUAAAACAAAUAAAAUGUAACACAAUGCUGUU